AUGCGGGUGCUAUUGAUCACCACACUCUUCACCGUCCUUGCGAGCUUGUUCGUCGCUGCCCGUCUGUGGACGAGGUUCAGGAUAGUCAAGAGCCCGGGGUAUGACGACUUGCUUGUUUUAUUUGCAUUGCUAUCUUCCAUCACAUUCUAUGCCUUCAUCCUUGUCGAGCGUCAGCAUGGUCUUGGAAAGCACAGACAACAACUUCCCGAGGACGUGAUUCAAGACCAGAUGCACUACCUCUGGCUUUCUGUGCCGUUCUACAACCUAUCCCUCAUCCUGGCCAAGCUCUCCGCGCUUGUUCUUUACAUACGCAUAUUUCACAACCGAAGUUUCCUAAUUUGCACAUAUAUCACCAUGGGCUUUCUCAUCAUCACCGGGCUGUGGAUGGUGAUUAGUGGAUUCUUCUUCUGCGUACCGGUCCACUAUUUCUGGAGCGCGAAUCAUCAGGCUCGUGAGAGCCAUUGUCUGUCCGAGGGUCCUGUGUGGUAUUCCAAUGCGGCGAUGCAAAUCGUUACGGACAUUGUUAUUUUGAUUCUCCCUAUGCCUUUGCUAUCCAAAUUGCAGCUGCCACGUCGGCAGAAGGUGGGGGUUAUGUUGGUUUUUGGUCUCGGAAUCAUUGUGAUCGCGACUAGCUCAGCCCGACUCUACGAGCUGAGCGUCAUGGUUAAAGGACAUGACUUCACCAGAACAAACGCCGAAGCAGCCAUUUGGUCGUCUCUUGAGGCUGAUGUUUCCAUAAUCUGCGCCUGCCUCCCACCCCUGCACCCUCUCUUCUCGCGCAUCUUCUCCUUUUGCUUCCGCCCGCAGCCUCUACAUUCUUCACCUGCCUCAAAGACCCCCUCCACCACGACACACCUCACCUCCUCCCGCAAACCGUCCACCUUCGACCCCCAUAGGCCCGACGGCGGCAUCUUCUACAACGAUUUUCUCUUCGUGGGACCAUCAUAUACCGCUAGUAUAUCUAAGCUCCGUACGGAAGAUGAAGAGGCCAAUCGCCAGGGUGCGGAUGAGGAUGGAAUCCGCGUCGUGAAAGAGUUGCGAAUGGUCUCGGAUACGGCUGCGGCUGCGACCAGUCCGAAAAUUGCGCCUCAUGAUACCCAGGACCGGGAGUUUGAGAUGGAGAUGGGAUUGCGCAGGGGCUCGGCAACUGCAAGUGGGACCGGGAAUACUGGUAUCGAGUGGGAUCUGGGAGACUUCGAGUUCCCCGACUACAAGGAGAGAAUGAACUCUCCAAUCGGAAUGAAUAAUGAAUGA